UGUUUUCUCUCGAGUUUCCGUCACUUAUAGUAUAGCUGUUCGCAAACAUCAUGGCGGAUAGCAAUGUGGUGUUUUAUAUGUAAUUAAGUGGAUUUAGGAACGAGAUUAUAAUAUUAGUGUUAAGAAAAUGGAGGCUGUGAAAUCUUUCAACUCGGAGCUUGCUGGGCUCUACGAGUGCAAGCCUCCAAUCUCCAAAGCAAAAAUGACGGCCAUUACAAAAGGUGCAAUAAGAGCAAUCAAGUUUUAUAAACAUGUUGUUCAGAGUGUCGAAAAGUUUAUACAGAAGUGCAAAACAGAGUACAAGAUCCCAGGUUUAUACGUAAUAGAUAGUAUAGUACGGCAAAGCAGACACCAGUUUGGCAUAGAAAAAGACGUUUUUGCUCCUAGAUUUGCCAAAAACAUACGUGUUACUUUCUUUUACCUUUUUAAGUGCCCACAGGAGGACAAGAGUAAAGUAAUUCGUGUGUUGAACUUAUGGCAGCGAAAUCAGGUUUUUGCCGAAGAUAUAAUUCAGCCGCUGUUUGACCUGGCUGACCCAAACAGUGCUAUUCAGAGGGAGGUGGGAGCCCAGAUAGCUCAGAAAGCAUCCAAAGCAAAAGCCCAGCAACACCUUGUUCAAGAACAGCAGCAACAACCCACCCCAACAUCAGGUGGCGGUGGUGGAGGUGGUGGCGGCAGUGUAGGGAGUGGCAUGGGCCCAAGAAGUGAAGGAAGAGUCGAUGGGCAGUUGAACAACUCGACUGCUAGUUUGCCUCAACAGGUGGAUGAUGAGUCCAAACUCGUACCUUUAGUGAACCAACAGCCUGUACCUGUUACAAGUGUUUCCAGUCAGGUAAUGACAGCAGCUGUCACAAAUCUGGAUCCUGGAUUGAUUCAACAAAUCCAACAAAUACUUAUGAAACAGCCACCACAGGAUGAUGGGGCAGGCAUGGCAGCUGCUGCAGCAGCUGCCGCUGCAGCCAGCAUGGUUCCACCAGUGCCAGAAGAAGUGAAGUCACAAGUCAUUCCAGGAAUCACAUCCACAGGUGGGAUAAAUUGCAUUGGCGAUUAUGAUGGGAGGUCGUUGCCUUUCUUGCCUGUAGAUACCUCUCAGCCACCUCCAGGGUAUCUUCCCCAGGGUCCGUUUAUGGGGGCUAUUCCUCCGGCACCCAUGGCGGUUCCGCCUCCCAGUAUAGAAUAUUCCAAUGUGCAUCUCCCUCCAGAGAAGCCUAAAAGUCCCCUUGAAGAUGGAGAACAUUCAGAAGACAGUGAUGAUGUUAAAGAAGUGAUUCAUGAGGACCGAGAUAUGAACAGACAUAGAAGUCGGUCUCGGUCAAGGAGUCGUUCCAGGCGAAAGCGAAGGACAAGCAGGUCACGAUCUCGUUCCAGAUCAAAAUCAAGACACAGAAGGUCAAGGUCUCGGUCAAGAGGUCGCAGGUCAAGUUCUAGGUCAAGGAGGAGGAGAUCUCGGUCCAGAGACAGAGACAGAGAUAGAGAUCGUGACAGAAGAGACCGUGACAGAGACAGGGAUAGUCAUAAAGAGAGGAAGAGAGAACGUGAAAAAGAAAAGCUGGAUCCCGAAAAGGAGCGUGCAAGGGAAAAAGAGCGCGAGAAGGAGGAAGAAAGACGGAAAAGGGGAUUGCCACCAAUCAAACAGGAAUUCCUCAGUGUAUGUUCAACUACCCUGUGGGUGGGACACUUGUCAAAGCUUGUAUAUCAAGAGGAACUCUCUGAUACCUUUGGGGAGUACGGUGAUAUUGUGUCCAUUGAUUUAAUUCCACCUCGUGGUUGUGCAUUUAUCUGCAUGAACAGACGUCAAGAUGCUGCAAGAGCGCUUGUUAAGCUUAGAAAUCAUAAAAUGCAUAACAAAGCUAUUACUUUGGCAUGGGCUCCUGGAAAGGGUGUGAAAGGCAAAGAGUUCAAAGACUAUUGGGAGGUGGAAGUUGGCUGCUCAUACAUUCCGUACCACAAGCUGAUCACGAUGAGUAGUUACGACCUGGACAGUUUGGAAGAAGGCGGCAUGAUCGACGAAGAAACUGUACCUGAAUGGUUGAGAGGUAAUCAAAGUCGGUAUGGCCUUGAAACUGCUCCAGCACCUGGUCCUCCUCCAGGAUUUGUGCCUAUUGGAGUACCACCAGGUCACCCUCCAAAUAGCAGAGGUCAGGAAGUUGUGGCACCUUUACCUCCAUUGCCUCCUCCUGUAGAGAAAACACAAGACGUUACUAGGGAUGGUUCUGCCUUGACAUCCACUGCCCCAGGGUUGCCUCCAAAUCCACAGGGUUUGCCUCCAAAUCCUCAGGGCUUGCCUCCUAACAUCUUGCCACCCCCAUUUGGCCUUCCAAAUAUGCCUCCUCCUCAGGUUGGCCCGGGUCCAGGUCCAGGUCCAAUGCCCCCUUUGCCACAGGGGUUGAUGCCUCCAAACUUGCCUCCAUUAGGAGUUCCUCCACCCCUUGGCCUUCCUCCUUUAGGUGUGCAUCCUCCUGUAUCAUCGAUUUUAGGCCAGCCGCUUAUAGGUGCAAUGCCUCCAUCUGUUAGCAUGGCACCAAAUGUACCAAGUCGACCCAUGUUGCCUCCUGGAAGCAGCAUACAGAACUCUGCGCCUCCUAUAACAACAAUGGCCAACAAUGCCCCUCUGAUGAACAGUAAUUCACAUGACUCAAAUGAUAUGGAUAUAGAAAUGGAAGAUGUUGAUAAAAGUGUACAUGGGAAGGAAAAUGGAAUUUCUUCUAAAGACAAGGAUGAUGAAAGGCGGGAAAGACCUUCUCGAUUUGAAAGACCAGGUGCGAGGUCCCCGUCUGUUCAUGAGAAGAUGGUUGAAAGACUCAAGAAUAUUGCCUCAGGAGGUGACAUGGGAUCCCGUGAUAGAUAUGACCGGGAUAGAGAUAGAAGAGAUAGAGAUCGAGAUAGAGAUAGAAGUCGUAGUGAUCAUGACAGAGACAGUCGAGAUCGUGAUAGAGACAGAGACAGAGAUAGAGACAGGGACCGUGAUAGAGACCGAGAAGAUUCCAGAGGAAGAGAACGUUUUGGCCCAGAUGCGUUUAGUGGCCCACCCCCUGGGUUCCCCCAGGUUCGUCCGAAUGGUCCACCCAACUUCCGUCCAGAUGGCCCUAGUGGCCCCAAUGGUCGGGUUGGACCUGGUGGCUUCAAUAAUUUUGUACCAGUGCCUGGAUUUGGUCCACCUGGUGCUGGUGGAGGAGCUGGUGGCCCACCUCCACGUUUGAUGGGAGGUCCACCUCCUGGCCCGCAUGGUCCAGGCAUAAGAAACGACACAUUUGGCCCAGUAGGAAUGGGAAUGAUAUCAGGACCUAGUGGACCUGGUGAGUACCCACAUGACUUUGCAUUGUUAUUUGUUUUCAUGGUUGAGUUUUCCUUUUUAACAGUAAAAUAUUAGAUUCACCUGAUAA